AUGAUCAUUGUCCCUCAGCAACUCCACCAAAUUAAUCAACCAACUACCGUUCGAGCAUUUGGCCACCCUACACCAUUGGCAAAAAUAAAACUGGAAAGCAGUUCAUUUGCUCACUCCGUGUUCACAGCAUUUCACAUCAUAACUAUUAGAAAGGCUGAAUUUCCGGUGCUCACUGCGCUCAACAUACAUAGCCCACAGCUUGAUGGUAUGGAUGAGGGGAAAUUACAGAGCGAUUCAGAAUGGGACGUUAAGUGUGAGAAAGGUGAUACAUGUGUGAAAAACACGGCUAGUGUCAGAUGGAUUUUGGUGCUUCAGCGUGAAUGGCAGAACGCCCAUACCAGACAGGAGAUGCAUAGCCUUAACAAGCGAUAUAUGGGCCAAGCUCAGCAACACAAGGGAGCAAAAUCGGAAACAGUUAUGGUGGACCCAUCAAUGCGAUUGUAUCGGAAGUUGUUGGAUACUAACCAGAUACUGCUUCGUAACACUGAACGUGUCACCGAAUUUUCGCAGUGCACUGUGAUGCUGAGCUGA